AUGUGGAUCAACACCCUAGCAGUUUCUUCUAAACGGGAGCUUAAAAGUGAGGAUAGUAAGAAGUGUCCCAGCGCAUCAACUGACUUCAACUAUAAACGGCAGCUGCAAUUCGUAGCCACACUUCUGCGGCUGAAUGUUGAUAAAUUACUGCUCAUACAGUUCCCGCUACAUUAUUACACGAUGGUGAAUCGGGCGAAACUCAUCAGCGUUUGCACGGUUACGUGGGCAGUGAUCACUGCCUUGGCUAUGGCUGUUUAUUAUUUUAUGGCUUUCAUUUCCGAACCGGUAGAAUUUUGUCACGUUUAA